GAGUUACAGGGGAGAAGCUGGACAAGGCACUAGGACCUAGAAGGCAUCUAUCCACCCUGGCAGGAAUUUCUUGCUUGGAGCUCAGACAACAAAGGCAUAGAGAGAGAUUGGUUUUCUUUCUCUCAGCAUCUCCACCCAACCAGCAGAAAACCGGUUGCUGAGGUUCCACUGAAAUAUGGAACUUGAUUUUGGACACUUUGAUGAAAGAGAUAAGGCGUCCAGGAACAUGCGAGGCUCAAGGAUGAAUGGGCUGCCUAGCCCCACUCAUAGCGCCCACUGUAGCUUCUACAGAACCAGAACCUUGCAGGCACUGAGCAAUGAGAAAAAAGCCAAGAAGGUACGUUUCUACCGCAAUGGGGACCGCUACUUCAAAGGGAUUGUGUACGCUGUGUCCUCUGACCGUUUCCGCAGCUUCGACGCCUUGCUGGCUGAUCUGACUCGAUCUCUAUCUGACAACAUCAACCUGCCUCAGGGUGUACGUUACAUUUACACCAUUGAUGGCUCCAGGAAGAUUGGAAGCAUGGACGAAUUGGAGGAAGGGGAAAGCUAUGUCUGUUCCUCAGACAACUUCUUUAAAAAGGUGGAGUAUACCAAGAAUGUCAAUCCCAACUGGUCUGUCAAUGUGAAGACAUCUGCCAAUAUGAAAGCCCCCCAGUCCCUGGCAAGCAGCAACAGUGCCCAGGCCAGGGAGAACAAAGACUUUGUGCGCCCCAAGCUGGUGACCAUCAUCCGCAGUGGGGUGAAGCCUCGGAAGGCUGUACGAGUGCUUCUGAACAAGAAGACUGCCCACUCUUUUGAGCAAGUCCUCACUGAUAUCACUGAAGCCAUCAAACUAGAAACUGGGGUUGUCAAAAAACUCUACACUCUGGAUGGAAAACAGGUAACCUGUCUCCAUGAUUUCUUUGGUGAUGAUGAUGUUUUUAUUGCCUGUGGCCCUGAAAAAUUUCGCUACGCUCAGGAUGAUUUUUCUUUGGAUGAAAAUGAAUGCCGAGUCAUGAAGGGAAAUCCCUCAGCCACUGCUGGCCCCAAGGCAUCCCCAACACCUCAGAAGAGUUCCGCCAAGAGCCCUGGCCCUAUGCGCCGAAGCAAGUCUCCAGCUGACUCAGCAAACGGAACCUCCAGCAGCCAGCUCUCUACCCCCAAGUCUAAGCAGUCUCCCAUCUCUACGCCCACCAGUCCUGGCAGCCUCCGGAAGCACAAGGAUCUGUACCUGCCUCUGUCCUUGGAUGACUCAGACUCACUUGGUGAUUCCAUGUGAAGGAAGAGAGAAUGUUGAGUCCAGAGUAACAGUCUACUGUUAAAGUAGAGUACUUUCGUUCAAGAAUCCAACAGGGCUAUUGGUGCUUUCAAGGUUUUGUUGUUGUUAUUACUUUCAAAACACAUUGUAAUAUGUUGGGUUUAUUUUUCUGUGAUUUCUCCUCUAGGCCACUGAUCCACAGUUACAAUUAUUAGAGAUAGAUUGAUAACCAUCCUUUGGAUUAACUUUCCAGGAGUGCAUAAUGUGCUAGUCCAUGACCUUUCUACUGAAUGCUUAGGCAUCUUUGUUAUUUUCUCCUGUGUCACUUUCCCCAUAUAUUACAGUCUUUCCUCUGUAGAGUGCUCUUUGUAUAUGUGGCACUUAAAAUGUUUGUGUGGGGAAAAAAAUCUCAUUGGAGGACCCAACAAUAACAAUCAUAAGUGCCCCUUGUCUUCUGAUCUCAAGAAAGCAGUAGGAUCCCAGGGGGACAGCCCAGGCAGCUCCCCAGCCUUGGCUGUAGAUUCUGAUAAAGCUCCCAGUGUGUUGUCUAGCACCAGUUCUGGUUGUCAAGGACGGGGAGAAACACCAGCAACUUAUCACUGUGACGCCAGAUGCUUAGGGCUAUAGUGCAGUGCUAGGCAGAAGUGGAGGAAUUACUACGGAUAGUUUUCAGUAGGAUUUACAAAGCACAGUGACUUCCUGGCCAUCCUCUCCACUGGAGUAAUUUGGAAUCAAUGAGCAACUGUUAAGAGUUUGGGGCAAGGGAACUCCAUAUACCUGAUCCCUCUGGGAAGUUAACAUACUGAGUUACUAAAUGAACGGUAUGGUAUCUAUCUAUCUCUGUUCUAUUGAAUGCCUUGUAAACAGCCAACUCUGAAAACACUGUGAGAAUUUGUUUUCAGGUCUGACACCUUUCCGUCGCUUUUUAUAGCAAGAAAUCAAUAUCCUUUUUAUAAAAGCUCAUGUCUGUAUUUCAGGAGCAAACUCUUCAAGCUCCUUUUUUAUAAACUGGUGAUUUUUCUUUUGUCUAAAAAACACAUGCAGAAAACUUACC